UGCCGCGGGGGGCUGUCAUUCCGUCGGUCAGCUGAGCCGGGGACGUUCCAGUCCGCAGCGGGACUUGCUGCUGUUGGUGCCGCCGCCGCCGCCGCCGCCGCCGCCAUGUCCGGGCUCACGCUGCUGUAUUCGGGGCUGGGGCUGAGUGCGACCGCCGCCAUCACCGGCAUUGGGAUCUGCUACACAAUAUUUGACCUGGGCUUCCGUUUUGAUGUGGCAUGGUUCCUGACAGAGACCUCGCCCUUCAUGUGGUCUAACCUGGGAAUUGGACUGGCCAUCUCACUGUCAGUGGUAGGAGCUGCCUGGGGCAUUUACAUUACUGGAUCCAGUAUCAUAGGUGGUGGUGUCAAAGCACCUAGAAUCAAAACAAAGAAUCUGGUCAGCAUCAUCUUUUGUGAAGCUGUGGCCAUCUAUGGGAUCAUCAUGGCCAUUGUGAUCACCAACAUGGCGGAGGAAUUCACUGCCAACACUCCUGAGACGAUUGGUGCCCGGAACUAUCAUGCAGGUUUCUCCAUGUUUGGGGCAGGAUUGACAGUGGGCCUCUCCAACCUCUUCUGUGGUGUAUGUGUGGGUAUUGUGGGCAGUGGUGCAGCACUGGCGGAUGCCCAGAAUGCCAGCCUGUUUGUCAAGAUCCUCAUCGUGGAAAUCUUUGGCAGUGCCAUUGGGCUGUUUGGAGUCAUCGUAGCUAUCCUGCAGACAUCUAAAGUGAAAAUGGGUAACUAAGUCAUUCCAUCCGUCUGUCAUCUGCAGAUUGUGUACAUAUUUAUUUAAUGUCUCCUAUUGGCUUGGGGUGAAGCUUGAUGUAUAAAGUAAUUCCUGUGAUCUUCACCUGCCAGGCCAUUGAAGACUCUGAUCAGUUGAUAUGUAUGUGUUGAGAAAAUUACCUUGUCUUUUCCUCCUCCUCCUCUACCACCCCUUUCCUGUUGCCCUUAAAGAUGAAGGCUGGGUGCCCAGGGGAAGGAGUCGGUGACUCUCCCCCCUCACACGCUCUGUGUGGCAGUCACUGCCACCUGCAGUGCCAUGUCCUGUGAAAUAAAUUUGUUCAUGUCCCAAGCGGUUGUCCUCUUUUUUGUCCCCUCCUACUGGCUGGGAUGAGCAAUGAGGGGCACUGGUUGAAGUCUUGGUUCUGUGAGAGGUGCCCUCCUAGAUAUAUCUGCUUCACACUGAAGAGGCACAAAGGAAUUGAAAAGUGUUAUUUCUCUAAAACUGCAAAUGAUUAUUAAAAUUAAUUAUAAUAAAA